CCAGCCCAUUCUUGCAAACCCAGCACGGUAGCACGCAAAGGCAGACCGCGAUCGCGUGCGGCCUACGUUGUUCCUUCAACAUCAACAAUCACAUGCAAGCUUUAGAGCUUUCAACCUGCACGAGAUUAAUCAAGGGUGACUGUCUCUUGCAUCAAACAACACCUUUAUCAAUACCGGUAAUAUCAUCGACGUCGGCCACGCCCCGUCUUACCCGCUAGGCCCAUCCGUCUUGUUCUAUCUCGCAGUAACUCCCGCCCUCCCCGUUGGGCACUACCGGCACAAUGGCAGCCGGACAGCAGCUCGAGUUCCCGAUCCAGCCCAACAUCGGCAAAGGAAUUCGCAUGUUUUUGUACUCACAGUUCUUCGGCACUCCUCCCUACCCCAAAGCCUCGUUUGCCGGCCAGACCGUCAUUGUCACGGGCUCCAACGUCGGUCUCGGUCUCGAGGCGGCACGCCACUUUUACCGGCUCGGCGCCGCGAAGCUGAUUCUCGCCGUCCGCACGGUGUCCAAGGGCCAAGUCGCCAAGGAGGACAUUGUCAGGAGCGUCAAGGCGCGGAAUGAUGGUGCCAGCGCCAUCGAGGUCUGGCCGCUCGACCAGGCGAGCACUCAGUCGACGCUGGCCUUCGCCGAACGCGUCAAGACAGACCUCGCGCGGGUCGACGCCGUCGUGCUCAACGCCGGCGUCAACAAUGUCAGCUUCCAGCUGUCCGAGGGCUACGAGCAGGUCACGCAGGUGAACGUGCUGAAUACGUUCCUGCUGGCCCUGGCGCUUCUCCCUAAGUUGAAUGAGACCAAGGCCAGAUUCCCGAAUUCGACGCCACACCUGACCGUCGUCAGCUCCGAGGCCCAUCGGUUGACCAAGUUUGAGGAGAUCAACGAGCCAGAUCUGUACGCCAAACUGAAUGACGAGAAGUCGUACUCCCAGCAGCCCAGAUACCAAGUCUCCAAACUCCUCGAGAUCCUCCUAGUCCGAGAACUAGUGGCGCGUCUCAAGGCCACCUCCACCUCCCCCUCAACAUCCAGCAGCAACCCCCCCGUCAUCAUCAACCUGGUGAACCCGGGUCUCUGCAGGUCGACCCUGGGUCGCGAGGAAAAGACGCCGCUGCUGCUCCGCAUUGCCCGCGCCAUCCUCGACCGCUCGACCGAAGUGGGCUCGCGGACCUACGUCCUUGCCGCCUCGGCGCCGGCAAGCUCGCACGGCCAGUUCCAGAGCGACGGCAAGAACCAGGACGUGGAGGCCUGGAUUUUCACCGACGUGGGCCAGAGAGCGCAGAGAAAGGCGUGGGACCAGACUAUUAAGAUUUUGGAAGCGAGGAAGCCGGGGGUUUUGAAGGAGGUAGGGCUGUGAGUUGGAACGUAUAAGGGCUGGAGGCUGUAGUGGGGUGACGCAGGGGAAAUUGGCGGGAGAACGCCUUCAUGUUGGAAGAUAAUCACUUACGAUGAUACCUCAUUCUCGUUCAGGGUUUCCGUCGCUACAUGUAGUUAGGCCGAGACCGCGGCUUUCUGUUAUUGUAGUCACAUGCUUGUAGUAGCUAGUAAGUAUGUUAUAGUUGUUGAGAUACUACACAGAGUCAACCGCAUAUCC